CCAUUGUUGUUUCAUCGCAAACGCUUCUCAUGGCGAAAAAAGACAGACGACGCAAAGAUUCUCCCGCCACCACCGCCGACGUCGACUUCAAAUCCCUAAUCCGAUCCCACUCAGUCUUCUUCGAUCAUCUCGUUGAGCUCAUCCCUGCCCGCUACUACCUCCCCCUCAACGAGGACAGACCCUGGUUCUAUGGCCUAUCCAAGAUCCAGAAGGCCGCCGUCAAGGCAGAGUCUAGGGAAAACAUUAAGAAGUCUCGCCGCGCUCGUUUCGACCCCGCCAAGUCGUCCACCACCACCCUCGAUCACCUGAAGAGGAACAUAGAAGCGGCGAACGCAGCGGCAGACACUAGCGAGGAUGAGGACGAUGAAGAAAGUGGCGAGAGCGAAAUCGAGGUCGAUAACUCCCGGCCGGUGACCCCCGAGGCCCCUUCCCUUACGUACGAGGAGCUCCGGCAGCGGCUUCACAAGCGGAUCGACGAUCUCCGGUCUGGUCGCAACACCCGGCCGCAGCUUCUGAUCAAGCCGAGGCCGGAUAAGGCAGACAAGAAGAGGAAAAAUAAAAAGAAGGGCGAGGAGGAAAAAGCUUCUACUUCUCUAGGAAAGGAGGAGGCGACCGAGCCUCACCAAGAGAAGAAGAAAAGGAAGAUGGCAAACCGCGAUGGAGGCGUUGGUGCUCCUGAUAUCUCAUUUGGGAAGGUCAAUUUGAGCGGGGAGGAUGAUAUUAGGAGCAAAAAGAGGAAGCUUUCUAAGAAGCAUCAGCUGGAGAAGGCGAAGAAGUUGGAGGAAGCUAAAAAUGAUCCUGAGAAGGGAGCAAUGAUCUCUAAAAAGCAUUCUUGGAAGUCAGCCGUGAGCAGAGCUGCAGGUAUGAAGGUACAUGAUGACCCAAAACUGCUGAAAGAGAGCAUAAAGAAGGGCAAGAAGAGGCAGCAGAAGCAUGCAGAGAAGUGGAAGGAGAGGAUCAAGAUCACGGAAAAAUCUAUGGCAGAGAAGCAGAAGACAAGGACAACAAAUAUCAAAGGGAGGAUCCACCAGAAAAAGAUGAGGCGUAUCGAGAAGAGGGAGAAGAAACUGAUGCGCCCAGGCUUUGAGGGACGGAAGGAAGGAUAUAUCAAUGAAUGAGCCCUUAGGUAAUGAAACUUUUACACGAAUUAGAGUUUUAAGAGGAGGUAAUGGAGGACUACUCUUUGGCCCUUCUUGUAUUGUCUAGCUUAUAAACAUCUUGCAAUCUUGCUUUUCUAUUAGUUGAUGUCCAAUAUUUAUGCAAACUUGGAGUGAUUAUCAUUUGACUACAUGGAUUUGUAAUUUUCUUUGGCUAAUAAUGGGCUAAUGAUACAUCUUUGACUGUUCA